AGCAGCCCAUUUGCUGCACCAAAUUCACAACUUUGGUGGUGAAGUACAUCGUUAAUGAUCGUUCCUAAAAAUGCCCAAAACAAAAACAUAUAACUAAUGGUCUUUGAUAAUGUUUGAAGGACCCGAGAAAUAGUGCCCCACCCGAAAGGGAUGGCAGGUGUGGACCCGAUAUCUCUCAAUUAGAAUGAUUAAAGCCCCCCUAUAAAAGCCCUAAGCUGCCGGAGGCAACCAAUCUCCUUUCUUCUCUCCGGCGAUUACCCUCAACGGAACACCUCUUCGUUUUCAGAGAGAAAGUGAAGUUUGUUUGUGGAGAAUGAGUUUGAGGUGAUAAAAUAUGAGUAGACUCUCAUUUAGGCCUCGUCCACUUGACAUUCAUAAGAGGUUACCUAUUCUCAAAUCUCUCAAGGAUUUUGAGGACGAUAUUGAUACACCCUCUAAUACCCGCAACCAAAUCAUUCGUCUCGCUGCUGAAGCUGCAGAUAUUGAGGGCUUCUAUUGGUGUGGUGUACUUAUCUUGUUAGCUCAAGUUGACAACUAUAUAUUGUUAUUGGUUAACAUAGAGGAGGGUUCUGGUUUUCGUAACCACAUUAGUGAAUAUAUCCAAAAAAAGGUACAACAGACUUCUAGCAAGAAGUUUAUUCCUGAAAUACCUAUCCCUGAGUAUGUGGUGGUGGAUACAUAUGAAAGAGAUUAUUCACGUACUUUUGCUCAGCCAGCAUCUUAUAUACAUGCUAGAGGAGCCCGAGCCGAGAUUGGAGAAUUUGUUGAGUACGAUCUUGACAAUGAGGAUGAAGAUUGGCUUCAAGACCUAAACCGAGAGAGGAACGCUCUUGCAGCUGAAAAGUUGGAGACCAUUCUGCACAAAUUAGAGGUUUUAGAUCACAAGGCCCGAGAAAGAGCAGGAGUGAUUACUCCUACUCUUGGCUCACCUAUCCCAGUGCUUCUAAGUUUUGAUGCUGCUGUUGAGGCGUUGCAAUCUCUAACAAUCAAAUAUGGAGUUUUCCAGUCAAUUUAUACGUACUGGAAAGACAAGCGAGAACGGUGGCAGAAGCCUAUUCUUCGGCGUUUGCAGCCCCCUCCUCCUGUUAAUGAUACCAAUCCAUAUAAUGUAUUUAGGCCAAGGGAGAAGGCUCACAGGCUUCACACAAGGAGGAUGCAAAGGAGGGAAAACAAUGUGCAGUCAUUUGAAAAGCUUCGCCAGGUUAGGCGCAACCUUGACCAAGCAAAAACCAUUCUUGAGGCUCUCAUCAAGAGAGAGGAGAAGAAACGAGAGGUUGUGGAGAGUGAGGUUAGUCUUCAGAGACUUCAAAUGAAGCACAAGAAUGAAAUUGAGCUUUUUGAGGACAUGUUGGCUCUGCCUGGAUUUCCUUCCUUCCCAAAUAAGUUUUGUUCAAGUGAGGAGGAAUAUGGCGACUCAGAUGACGCUGCUGUUAGCCGUCCACAUGCUCAGGCUGCUGUCUCACCAAAUCUUACCUUCAUUGACUCAAAGCCGGUGAUGGCCUCUGCUGGAAGCAUGAGGCGAGAGCGAGUGUUGAAACGGCGAUAUGUCCCACAUGGAUGGCUCCACAAAUUGGAUCCAAAUGAGCCACUUCUCCUGUUUACUAAACCUCUUGAUCCAGAAAAAUUGGCAGCUGCAAGUAUUACACCUCCAGGUUCUUCAAUGGAAAAUGGCCUAGUUGGACAAACAUUCAACUCUCGUGGAAGGAUUGGUCGAGGUGGCAGAAUAGUGUUUGAUAGAUGGAACCCACUUAUGCAUACUCCAAUUGAGUGUGGUGAUGCUUUAUAUGUACCACCAAAGGCCCUACAUUAUGCUCAUCCCUGAUGCAAUCAACCCUUCCCUAGCUUCAUUUGUCCAUCCGCGUUAAGAUUUUGUUUACAUGAUAUUUGCCAUGGAGACAGCUCAAGACAUGAGGGAGAUUUCGAGUUGGUGAUUUUCCAAGAUUUUGAGCCCGUUAUGGAUUUUGGCGAAACUAGAAAACUAUCUUUUGUAGACAGUGGCGAAGGCAAGGAGAGCUGUAGAGUACAUUGUGUGUCCUUUGCCAUGGUAGCAUGCCUCUUUGUUUUACUACUGCAGGAUGUAUCAUUCUUAUUGUCUCUUUUAUAGGUAUUUUUGUGCGAGUAUUAUAUUUAUGUCCAUGAUGAUAGGAAAAUACAGAGCUUCUUCCUUUAUGCAUAACUGGAUAAUGUAAGCUUUUGCUGUAAAUGAAAAGAUGAAUUUAACCA